ACGUUAUAACCGGUGAUUCCCGGUAAACACGUGACCGCUCCGCGUGGUGACGUCAGCGGCCCUGGCCCCAGUCGAAUUCCAGAGAUCCAGGAGGAGGGACGAAGCUGAACGGAGUUCGUUUCAACAGUUGCUCGCCAAAUAAAUACGCUAAAGAUUGUGGCAGCAGUGAGUAAUUACCCGCACCAUGUCCCAGGACAAAAGUCGAUUCCCUAUUAUGGGUGAGAGCAACCCGCUUCAUAACAACGUUUAUGGACCGCCUCAACAAGGAUUCGGUAUGCCUCCCCCUAACUACAGCCAGGGUCCAGGGGGACCUUACCCACCACCUGCUGGCUAUGGACAGCCUGGCUUCACCCAACCAGGUCCAGGCUUUGCCCCUGGCCCCUACCCCCAGAUGCCCUAUCCCCAAAUGCCCUAUCCACAGGGCCCAUACGAUCAGGGGCCAUAUCAGCAUGGACCCGGACAGCCUGCUUUUCAUGGUGACCCAAUGGCAGCACCUGCAGGCAGUCCUGGUUACCACGGUGAUGUUCCUCCUUCUUACUAUGACAACGAAGAAUUUGCUGGAUCUGGCUUUGAGGACAAAAACAUCCGACAAGCCUUCAUCAGAAAAGUCUUUUCUGUUCUCACAGUGCAGCUCUUGGUCACCUGCGCUUUUGUUUCCGUCUUCACGUUUGUCGAUGAUGCCAAGUUGUUUGUGCAACGCAACCGGUGGACGUAUUAUGUGUCCUACGCAGUCUUCUUCGUGUCUCUGAUCACCAUCAGCUGCUGUGGGGAUUUCCGCCGCAAGCACCCCUGGAAUUUGGUUGCUUUGUCCAUCUUGACAUUGAGCAUGUCCUACAUGGUGGGCAUGAUCGCCAGCUUCUACAACACAGAGACGGUCAUCAUAGCUGUUGGCAUCACGACGGUGGUCUGCUUCACUGUUGUCCUCUUCUCACUGCAGAGCAAGUAUGACUUCACUUCCUGUAGGGGCGUUCUCUUUGUGUGCCUGAUUGUGCUGCUGGUCUUUUCGAUUCUCUGCAUUUUCAUCCGCAACAAGAUCCUGGACUUAGUUUACGCCUCCCUGGGAGCCCUGCUGUUCACCUGCUUUUUGGCUGUUGACACCCAGCUUCUUUUGGGCAACAAGCAGCUUGCUCUCAGUCCAGAGGAGUACAUCUUUGCCUCACUCAACCUUUACACUGACAUCAUCAACAUUUUCCUCUACAUCCUGGCCAUCGUGGGGCGCUCUCGCGAAUAAACCCGCACCUUCAGGGGAGCAGCAUCAAGAUGGAGGAUGCCUCUCUUUGUUGUAAAAAGUUGCUUACCUGUGCUUUUCUCUCUGUCUCAUCUGACUUUUCCUCAACUGUUCCCUUCACCUACCUGUCACUUGAAUACACUCAAAAGCUCUGUUUUCAAAUGAAGAGUUUGUCAUAAAAUUCAACUGAGUGAGGACACUUUUUAUUUCCUCUUUAAUAAAUGUUGCUGCAAAUGGAAAACCCACAGUGACACUCCAUCUUUCCUCUGCUUCUACUAACACAUUCAGCUGUGUCUCAAUCACCCAGCUGCCUACUUCCAGUAGGACAGGCCACAUAGAGCGUCACACAUGCUGGGCUGCGGGUGCUUGGCACUUAGCUUCGUCUUGCUGCAGAGCUUAAACUGAGAAAAGAGGGGAAACUAAUACUACUGGUGCAGAACCAGCUUUGCCUGAAUAUAGAAGACAGUUUUAGAAAUAAUUCUUACUCCAAUCUGCCUGUUUUCAUAAACUUGUCACCUUUUUUCAGCCUGUGUGAUUCAAUUGUGCAUGGCUAAAUUGGAAAUACACGCAAAGACGCAGUUUGAUGUCAGGAGUCAGUGGAGGAGAGCCUCUGUCUUGCUUGUCACAGCUGUAAAUAGUGCAGUGUUUUACUGUUGAUGAUACCAGUAUACCCCUCCUCCACCCGCUACCACCACCCUUUUCCUACCUCUGAAAGGCAUGCUGGAGCGUAUGUAUGGAAGUGUUGCUACAGGGGUGGGGAAUAUAAUGCUCGAUGACCAACAUUAUCGAAGAAAAUUAGCAUAAAGGAAUAUUUUAACCUUUACAUUAUUUUGUAAAUGAUGGCCAAAUUAUUAAAAAAACCUUUUUGCUUAAAAAGAAUGUAUGUAAUGAGACUACAAAAAGUUUGUAAUCUUUGUAUUUGCAUUUGUCUAUUACUUUCUCCUUGUGUUGGUAAAUCCCUUGUAAGUGAAUAUUGAUUUGUCUCACUGCUGAUUAUUAAAUCUGAUACUGAUAAAACUUUGAAGUAAAUUCAUACCAGAUAUGAAGGAACUUAGGACUGAUCUGAAGUUCUUAAAGGUUUUGUAAACUCCAGGAAUUGUGAACAAAGCAGAGAAAAUGCACUAAUAGCCAAAUGAUCUAUUAAUUGAAACAUGCAUAAAAUUUGAAGGGUGUGUACAUUAAUUUAUUUUUUUUGUUUGUUUUGUUUUAUUUAUACCUGCUGCAUGAUCCUGUCCACAUUUGCACGUGCUGACAAUUUACACAGUGCAGCUAUUUGAAGAGACACUCGUAUUUGAAGACCUUGUUAGAUUAUUGUUUCUUUUCGUUUUAAUGUUUGUGUCAGAUUAAUAUGUAUGUGUACAUAGAGCAACUUGGUGUUUUGAUGUGUAUAAAGUAGGUAAAUCAGGCAACGUGGGUCUGUUCGCAUUGUAUAUUUGCAUCAAAAUGGAAGGUGAACUGAAAUUCCUUAACACAGCUGUCUGCUUUCCAUUAAAAUAGAUACAAUGGGAA